AUGGAUUUUGAGACCUAUGUGCCUGGCUUCAGCCCCUCGUGGAGCGGUUACAGCCUCGCUGCAAACGCACCAGAGGCAACGCCGACAGAGUGCGGUCCUUCGGCAAUAGUUGGUGCUGUCUCUACAGAGUAUAAUUUAUACCAAGACGACUUCAUGCAGAAUCGCUGGCCUACGAGCACAAACAGGGAGGCCCAUAUGUCGGAGCAGGACGUUGAGCCAUGGAACGACUUUCUUCACGCACUACCACCAAGCAAUUCUGGCACAGUCCGACAGAACAUUGGCAACAACGAGACAAAAGAAGCAACCUUUGUGAAGCCAACAGAAAUGACAUCGACUGUUUCUGUCAAUCCUCAUAUACUAGACAUUAAGCACCUUCUGACGCUUUUCCAGCGCGUGGUACAGCCACCCGCAGCAAUGCUGAUCGGGGGUGUGCGGAAAUGGCGAAGGCUGCAACGUCAUCUGGUCGAAUUGAGCCGUCAGAGUCGAGAGGUAUUGGACAUUUUGCUUUGCCUGGUCGAGCUAUUGUUCAUCGACGAGGUCUCUCAAUCUGCCGGGCAAGAUCGCGAAACGUAUGCCAGGAGCAUCUGCGACCGAUACAACUCAGCCUUGCGUCCAUUUCGUGCUAGCGUGCUAGACGAUAAGCGGCCGGACCAAAGGUGCAACAAGCGGGAUUUGGCGGCGAUCUUCCUCUUUGCAUGGUUUGAGGUUAUGCGCGACCAGGAUGAGGCGAGCACACCAUUUCCUCGUGAUCUGGCUGAUACGGUUAUACUGAGAGACACCACCUGGAAUUAUUCCUCGCGAUAUCUGUUGUCUUGGCUCGCAACCUUGGACAGUAGAGCAACACAUCUCAGUGGUGAUCGUCGUCUUCUUUCGGAGCAGGCAUUGUUAGUUGUUGCACGACAUCCAUUCCCCGUCGUCAGUUCCCAUGUUGAAGAUCAUGAUGAUGAUACCGAGCAUGAAAAUCUGGAGUUGGCAAGUAUACUGCGGUCAACGCCGUCUGACUCGCCUCAACAUGCUCCUGAUACCCCUGGCUGGUAA